AUGUCAACCAAUUCAAAUGGCAUACUGAGAAAAGUUACCAUGAAUAAGCCAGUAGCAGUUACUGAUAUUAAUGUCCCCAAUAAAGAUAAUGUAAUAAAGAAUAAUAAUAUUAGAAAUUCAUCAAGUACAAACAAUAUUGUUCUAGAUUCAAUCUAUUGUAUGCCAAUAAUUAAUAAUGAAGCUUUAUAUCAACUGCAAAAACUACAUUCCUGUAAUAAGUUAGAAUUAUCAAUUAAAACUCAAUUAAGCCAAGUGAUCCAAUUAAUAACAAAUAAAAAUACUUCUACGUCACAAAUUAUUUUGCAAAUACUGAAUAUUUAUAAUAUAACCAUCAUAAAUAAAUCAGAUCAUAUAUUUUCACUUGAAGAAUUAUUAUUAUCAGAUUAUACUAAGCUGAAUAGCAGUUAUUUAUUUACCUUAAAGUUGGUAUCCUUACAAUUGAUAUUACAAAGAAAAUUACAUUUAUCGCCUCAAGACAAUUUACAGAUUCAACCAUCUAUACUACUGACGAUUCUAGCCAAUGAUAAACGAUAUUUAAUCUUCCAAAAUACAAUACCUAAUGCCAAAAAUCUAAUAAAAUUGUUGUUUCAUUUCUAUUCUGUUCCAAAUACCUCAUUAUUAUUGAAAUUUUAUUUCGGUGUUAAGAUCUUACAAUAUCUUUUGGAUUAUAAUUUGGAUAUAAAAAAUUUCAUCAAGCAUUUAUCAAUUAAAGAUUUUUUAUCAUUAUUAUCCACUAUUUUGAAAAAAGAAUUCAAAACUAAUAUUCCAAAGACUCCAUUUAAAAGACAAUUAUCUUCAUCCAAUAAUUUUACAUCUUCCAUCAAUACAAAUACUAAUAUUCGUUCUUUUUUAAAUCCAUUUGUUAUACAACUAUAUUCUUCAAUAAAGAAUACAGAUCAGAAUGAUUUGGAAUUAUUAGAAAUUAUUGAAAAUAAGAUUUUCAUUACCAUAUAUGAUAAAGAUGUAACAAAUUCAAAUUAUUCUUUAAAUCAAAUAACAUCUUUAAUAGAUUCAACAUUUGUUGAUAUUACUAAUGGCACAUCAAGCAAUCAUUGGAAAUCAAUAAAUUUAAUAUUUAAUACAUGGAAUAUUUUAUUAUCAAAUAAUUUCAUUAAUUUUAAUAGUCAAUUAUUAAAAUUGCAUUUAAAAUUAUUUGAUAAUAAUUUAGUUUUCAUUAAUCAAAAUAUCGAUCAAUUUUUAAUUAUUGAUGAAAAUUUAACUGUUGAAUCACAGAAGAUUAAUUUCAACUUAUUAUUGACUCUAUUAAUUAAUUUGAAAGAUUUUUUACUAUUAAUUAAAAACAUACCUUCCACAAAUUCUUCUUCUUCAAAUCAAUAUCAAUUAGCUAAUAAGAGACUUUCGAAUCUAAUUUCUGUUUCUUUCAAUUGUUUUACAAUUCUAAAGGAUUUACAAUUUUUUAAUUUUGCCAUAGAUUUAGAAUUGUUUAGAUUUGCUCAUUUGAAAGCAAUCAAUUUAAAUGACAUCGAUGAGUUUUUUUCAAAUUUCAAAAAAUUUUUGAAUUCUAUAGAAAAUGAUUCUUUUAAAUUAAAAAUUAUUAAUUAUAAAAUUUUUAAUUCACUCUUCCUUUUAUCUAUUUUCAAUUUUACUUUAAAUUCUUUGAAUUCCUUAACAAAUUUAAUUUACUUCAUUUCAAAAUUAAAAGCAAAUUGCCUUUCAAAUAAUUUGACUAAAUUAAUAAUUGAUGGCGAGGAAGAUAACGUUUAUUUAAAGCAUUUUAAAUCAGACUUGAUGAUCUGUAUAUUGUUAUCAAAUUCGAAUAUUAAACCAACAGAGCAAAUUUAUAAUUCAUGGUCAAUUCAAUUAAAAAUAUUGUAUCAUACAUUAUGUAAUACAAAUAUCAUGAUUCCAAUUCCUACAACAACAACAAUUUUUAAUUUUGAUAAAAAUGAUUAUUUGUAUAAUUAUAGACAAUUGAUAAAAACAACUUAUUACUUAAAUGUUGAAAUGGAAAAACAUUCAACUUUAAAUUUAUCAGCUAUUACAAAUUCAUUGCUAGAGCAUUGGUUUUCAUUGGAAGAUUUAAAUAACGACCCAUCCAUUAGAUUAAUAAAUUUAGAAAUUAAUUUAAUUAAAAUGUUAAUUUCUUAUCUUUCAUUUAAUAAUUUUGAUAAAUUAGUUUUAAAAGUAAUCUCCAUCAUUGAAAGUAUUCCAAGGUAUUCAAAAAAAAAUACAAAAUCAAAUGUGAUUCUAUUUUUAAAUUACUAUAGAUUAAACUCUCUAAUAAAUUUGAAAUUAUUUGAUCAAAUAGAUAUUUUCUUCAACAUCACUUCGCCUUUACAAUUAUCAAUAGAUUCUAUCUCAAUAAAAGACGAAAACUUUUCUUCAAUAAGCAUCUCAAAUAAUAUUUUGCACUUGAAAAUCAUAUUAUUAUACAUUUCUCAUUAUAAUGAUUCAAAACUUUUUCAAUCAAUAUUUAUUGAAAAUUUACCAAAUAAUAAUCCUCAUCUUAUUCAAACAAACAAUUCAUUAAAAUUAAAUAAUAAUAAAUAUACUGAUAUUUUAUUAUUUAAUAUCCAAUUAUAUUCAACUUCAUCCAAGAUUCAUUUAAAUAAUAAUAAUAUCUUAGAAUCAAUCGUUGAGUCUAAUAGAUGUUUGAAAUUAUCAAUUGGUCUAUUAAAGCAUAAAGAUAUUUUACAACAAAUCCAAAGGUUAGAUUUAAUUAAAUCCAUUAUUUCUUCAUAUUUGAACAUGAUACACUGUCAAAUUCAUAUUGGUAGUGGUAAGGAUACCGACUUUUAUAUCAAGGAAUUAUUAAAAUUAGUAAAUUCAUUAAAAGACCCGACUCCUGUAUUCGUAGCACUAUGUGAAGUCUUCAAUUUUUAUAAAUUAACUGACCAAUUAAAUAUGAAAGAUUUAAUUAUUGAGAAAAUUAAUCAGACUUUCAAAUUCUUAGACUCUAAAAAUAACAUUUGUUCAAUAAUAAAUUAUAUGUAUAUUAAUGGAUUUGAUCAUUCAAAAAUUUUCAAUUGUAUUUCGACAUUUUUUAAUAAUUCCAAUGAAACCUUCUUAAUAAAAUAUUGGAGUUUGAAGUUGGGGAAAUCAGUUAAUCUACUGGAUAAUUCAUCUAUCAGCAAUAAUAGUCCUUUGGAAAAACAUCAAAAUAUUAAUACCAUUAAUAAAAUAAAUGAACUUUAUAAAAAGAUUGAAAAUCAAUUAGAAACAGAUACGCAUUUUAGAAAUUUAUUCGAUUCAGUUUUAAUUACCCCAUCAUGCUCGUAUCCAGUCUCAUCAAAAAUUUUACCUCAUAAUUUAAUGAAUAAUAAAAAUCAAUCAUUGACAACUCCGAAGAGAAAAAUAAUCAAUUCUUCACUUCCAUAUUCAUACACGCCUAAUUGUAAUUCAAUAUUUUUAGACUCCCCAAGAUCUUCAAGCAUGACCCCAAGAGGGAAAAAUAAGCGCCAAGAAUUCGACAAAUCAAGCGCCUUAAAUAACCUAAAUCAAAUUAAUUUAUUGGUGAAAAAAUUAGACUUGAAUUCAUUGAAAAAUUAUGAAUUAAAUGAAAUUGCGUGUUUAUAUUCUUUAUCAGUCAGUCUAAUAUCAAGUAUAACAAUAUCUUCCAUUCCACCUCAUGUUCAAAACAGGAUGGAUUGUUUAUAUGAAUUAUCUCGAUAUAUGCCAAUGUAUUAUGAUAAAAUACUGUCUUCAUCAAUUAAAAAAUCAUUAUAUACAGAUAUUAGCCCCCUUCCUAUGAAAAAUAUGGGCCAGUUUGUAACAAAUAUUGAAAAUCAGUUUAUUAAAAAUAUUUCAAAUAACACUACAAUAAUGAACGAAAGUUCUGCCCUACCGAAAUAUUCAAUAAUAGCCCUAGAUAUAUGCCCCAUUACAGGCCAUUUAAUUAUUUCAAAAUCAUUUUCCUAUAACAACAAAAAACUUCAUAUUAGGAUAUCACUGGAUCGAGCAAGAUCAAGAGAUUUGGACGCUAACAGUAUAUCGUUUAAGCAAUUCAAGAAUGAACUUGAUACCAUAAUUAAAUUAAAUAAUGAUACAACAUCAUUAUCUGUGACUAGCAAGAUCAAAACAAAAGAGGACAGGAAGUCAUGGUGGAAGCAGAGACACGAUUUAGAUAAAAAACUACAAGAUCUAUUAUUACAGUUAGAAAUUACUUGGUUAAGUGGAUUGAAGGGUAUUUUUGAUGAUACUAUCAUCGAUGAAAAAUAUUUUAAUGAAUUUAAGUUGAAAUUUAAUAAUAUUUUGCAGCAAAGUUUACCCACCAGGAAACAAUUUGGUACUCCAUCUAAUUUUGUCCAAAUUGAAGACUGGAUUAUUGAAUUGUUCUUAAAACUAGAUAUCUCAGAUCAUGACUUUUAUUCUGCAAUGGAAGAUCUAAUUUAUCUAGUGCUUGACAUACUGUUGUUCCAUGGAGAAGAAAAUGCAUAUGAUGAAAUAGAUAUGAAUGUUCUACACAUUGCCAUCGAAGAACAGAUUAAAAAAUAUCAUUCCGCCAUUAUUCAACAAGAGAAAUAUGCACAUACAUUUUUGAUUGUUAGUAGCGCAUGUCAUUCAAUUCCAUGGGAGAAUAUACCUAUUUUGAAAAACAAGCCAAUAUCAAGAAUUCCUUCCUACCAAGUUUUAUUUGACACAUUACAUCUCAAUUCAGAAAAUAUAUUUACGGAAAUUUCAUUGGAUUCAAAUAUAUCGAUAAUAUUAAACCCACAUGGUGACUUAAUGGGUACCGAAUCUCGUUUUAUUGAUGAUUUCAAUGAAAUAGUAGAGCAUCGCUCUAGUUCCUAUGUGCUAGUAAGAAGGAAGCCGGACGAGGCUCAAUUUAUUAGAAUGAUUUCCAAUUCAAACUUGUUCUUAUACAUCGGUCAUGGUGGUGGUGAGCAAUUUGUCCAUGCCAAAGAAAUCAAGAAGCUUAAUUCCGUGGCUCCUUCUCUUCUUCUCGGUUGCUCUUCAGCAUCAAUGAAAUAUUACGGUAAAUUAGAACCAACGGGUAUAAUCUACUCUUAUUUAUUAGGUGGCAGCCCGAUGGUAAUUGGUAACCUGUGGGAUGUGACUGACAAAGAUAUCGACAGAUUUAGUAAGGACCUAUUUGAACGUAUUGGAUUGUUUCCUAGUAAUAAUAAAAGCACGGGCCCUUCCGAAAAUGUUUGUUAUCCAAUUUCUGAAGCUAUUACCAACUCCAGAAGAGAAUGUCACUUACGGUACCUAAAUGGCUGUGCCCCUAUCAUUUAUGGCAUUCCACUCAUUUUUCGGAAAUCCUCUAAUAAAAAGGAGAAUUUCUCGAUCUCAUAG